AAGCAUAUGGAUUAAAUGAAGGGAGCAUCAAUUGUGGAUCUGAUAUGUACAGAAUCUCCGGUUGCCACCACUAUUAUUAGUUUAAUGUCUCGAUCUCGAGGCCUAGCAUACUUAUAUCGGAAUUUGCACUUUCUAUUGAAUCCUUGAGAAACAUAGAGAUUGAAAAUGGAAGGGAAGCUCAAAGUUGAUGCUAACUACAGAAAGAUUUAUAGUCGUUUACUUAAAUGUGUUAUAUGCAUUUCAACUUUGUUACUACUACUCAUUCUUUUCCGCAACCAAAACCUCACUUCAAUUUCUCUUAUUUCGCGUAAAAAUGGCAGUGGCGCCAGCCACUCUGAUCAGUCCAGUGUCAUUGAAACCAUGGCUGCAAAGCUCCGUGAAUCGGUCACUUUCCUACCCCUCAAAGAUCUAAGGUUUUCUGAGACUGCCAUGAUCGGGAACACGUGGUUCAUGAGCUCGUUGAACGAUAGUUAUGAGAUGAAUGAAGCUGAGUAUCUUUAUUUUCCAUCAGAAGUGUCGAAAGGCAGGCUUCUGUGCAUCAGAGGACGCGAUAUGAGCGAUGGAACGAAGAAUUUUUAUGCAUUAGCAUGGCGAGAAAGUCUUCCCAACAAUGCUACUCUACUGAGUGGCCUCACUUAUGUAUCGAAUACGUACUAUAACUACUUGAAUCUAUGGCAUGGAUUGUGUGCAAUGACACCAUUUGUCCGAUGGACGAUGAAAAACAAGUGUAUAAAACCGGAUAGAUGGGUUUUGUUUCAUUGGGGAGAGCUUGAGAUCAGAACAGGAUCAUGGAUUCAGCAGCUCAUGCUAGCUAACUAUGGAGAGUUUAAGUUUGAAGGUUUCGACAAGGGGGACGGGCCUUACUGUUUUGAGAAGGCGGUUGUGAUGAGACAUGAUUUGGGAUCGAUGGGGUUGGAUAAUAAGUUGAAGGUUUAUGAUAUGAUGAGGUGCAAGGCGAGAGAGUUUUGCAAUUUGUUUGUUCCUGAGAGAUCCAUGGAGGUUGAUGAAAGAGGCUUACCGGUUAUUAGACUAACUUUGUUGAUGAGGAGAGGCUCGAGGUCAUUCAAGAACGCCACACUUGUCACGGAUAUAUUUUCCAGAGAGUGUGAUAGAGCAGAGGGCUGUGUAUUGAAGGUAUUCCAGUCUGAAGAUCUCAGCUUCUGCGAUCAGGUUAAAGUAAUGACUUACACAGACGUCGUUGCAUCUCCGCACGGAGCACAGCUGACGAACAUGUUCUUCAUGGACCGUGGAAGCAGUGUGAUGGAAUUCUUUCCGAAGGGAUGGUUGGAGCACGCAGGUGUAGGUCAAUAUGCGCACCACUGGAUGGCGAAUCAAUCUGGAAUGAAACACCAAGGCGCGUGGUGCGAUUCUACCGGAGAGGACUGUCCAACACCUAAAGAUGACCGGAAGUGUUUCUUGUUUCAUAAAGAUGGAAAGGUUGGUGUUAAUGAAACUUAUUUCGCAGAAUGGAUUAGGAAAGUUCUUCACGAAGUAAGAGUUAGCAAGUUAGAAGCAACCAAAACCCCUAUCGCCAAGGAACAGUUGAGCAACAAUGUUUGUGCUUGUUAGCUCUAUUCAUCUUCAAUUUUACGCAAACUUUAGAUAUACAUUAUACUGAAAUGCUAUACAGAUGAAAUCUUGAAACUAAGGUAACAUUUCCAUUGUGUAAUAUAAAUCAUGUACAAAGUCUACAAAUAUUGUGCGCGUCAAAAGUAAGAUGCAACCCUCAAGAGCCAGACAAACAUAGAUUUCUCUGUUGGGAGAUAUGCAAGGG